AUGGCUACUUGGGUAUACCCGCCACUACCUCUGCAGCAGCUGGAACGGGAAGCUGAUAGUGCAUUGGUAUACCUCUCCCCAGAUGCCUACGAGUUUCAUUUGGCCUUUUCAAGGGUUAAAGCAUCGCGUGCUAGGGAAUUAGAAUGGUUACUGCGUUCUCUGCAAGACUCACUCGCCUCCCUAAGGGAAGGCCUGCAUGAAUGCGCUGCGCUUCUUGCCCCUAAAGAGCCAGGCUCAACAUUGGUUAUCUCCUCUGUACGAUCAGAGAUCGUGAAAGGCUUCGUAACAAGGGUCGGAACGAAAAUCGUGAAAGGCGAUAUUCAACUACGCCUUGGUUCCCUUGCUCCUGCGCGUGGCUCCCCAACGACUCGCUUAUGCUUGUCGAACUCGCCCGGUGCUCCAGAGCUUGUGCUACAUCAGUUGGUUUCGGUGAGGAACUUGGUCAACCAGAGUCUCGAUGUGGUGGAUGUCAGCACUUGGACUGGCGACCCGCUCAAUGCAAGUUUCAUAUAUGGACAGCUGCGCUUAUUAUAUGAAACGCUGUCUGAGGCUCGCCAGAUGUUGAAGGGCGAGAGUGAUCAAGUCAGGGGCAAGUGGUGGGAGACAAGUGCGCUUGAGGAUAUGUUUGAUCCACCGUUGCCGCUAAACCUUUCGUUCCAUCUAUCCAUCGCCGACUCUGCUCUCGUCUUGUAUCUAAGGACGCUCGAGUCUAGCACACCCACACAUACUCCAACAGCUUUUGCCACCGACAUUUCUUUGACUGGGUUCAAUUUGCGCGACCGUUUGUUUGGAACUCGACACCGUGGGCAUGAUGAAGUUGGAGAUGUUUUCACAUGGAAGGGAGACGAGGUCAAAGUAAGGGAAAAGAUUCGCGUGGAGAGUCAGGACCCGAGCCUGAUGGCAGUCAUGGCGAAGUUGACUGCUUUGCAACACGAAGUGAUGAAAUGGAUUUCUGCAUUGAAAGUGCUUAUGGGCAACGAAGAUACCGAUAGCGAGGAAUAG